AUGAGGUCUAUGGUCUUAGGUCUUUGCGCUCUAGGUGCCACUGCCGAUGUUAUUACUUCGGAUAGCCACUUUUAUGGACAAAGUCCACCUGUUUACCCUUCCCCGAACAUAACAGGGACUGGGGACUGGAAAGAGUCUUAUAUCAAGGCAAAGGCGCUUGUUGCUCAACUGACACUCGAGGAAAAGUCAAAUCUAACCUUCGGUGCCACCACUACAGAGAACAGCUGCGCAGGCUUCAUCCCAGCCAUUCCACGCCUUGACUUCCCAGGCCUUUGUCUCACCGAUGCUGGAAAUGGAGUUCGAACCACAGAUCUCGUCAAUGGGUAUCCAGCUGGGUUAAGUGUUGGUGCAAGUUGGAAUCGCCAACUAGCAACUGAACGAGCCCAUUUCAUGGCGGGAGAAUUCAGGGCUAAAGGAGUCAAUAUCGCUCUUGGGCCAGUUGUUGGACCCCUGGGUCGUAUUGCUCGAGGUGGACGCAACUGGGAAGGGUUUGCCUCUGACCCUUAUCUUUCUGGAUUGCUCGCCGCCGAUACUAUUAAGGGUUAUCACCAGCGUGGUGUGAUAACUAGUUUGAAACACUUUAUUCUCAAUGAGCAAGAAACAAAUCGCAACCCGUUCGCCAAUACAACUCCGCAAGUGGAGGCAGUUUCGUCGAACGUGGACGACAAAACCAUGCAUGAGCUUUAUCUCUGGCCUUUCCAAGAUGCCAUCAAAGCUGGAUCCGCCAACAUCAUGUGCAGCUACCAAAGAAUCAACAACUCAUAUGGCUGCGCAAACAGCAAGACAUUGAAUGGACUAUUGAAAACUGAACUUGGCUUCCAGGGCUUCGUCGUCACUGACUGGAGGGCUCAACAUUCUGGAGUUGCGAGCGCACUAGCUGGUCUUGAUAUGACCAUGCCAGAUACUGGAUACUGGGGUAGAAACUUGACGACGGCCAUCCAAAAUGGCACAGUUCCAGAGUCUCGUUUAGACGACAUGGCUACUAGAAUACUUGCUGCAUGGUAUCUGCUCGGUCAAGAUAAGGAUUUCCCGAAGCCAGGUGUUGGAAUGCCCUACUUAGUCACAGAGCCCCACACCAGAGUCGACGCCAGGGAUCCAGCAGCUCGGCCUGUGAUUUUCCAGGGUGCAGUUGAGGGCCAUGUUCUUGUGAAGAACAACCGCGCUUUGCCCUUGAAGAAUCCACAAGUGCUAUCAGUCUUUGGAUACUCCGCACCAGGCUACAAACAAUCUGUCGUUGGAGAUGGCACUUAUUCUGCAUGGAAGCUCGGUUCUCAAAGUACCAAUGCAAACCAAAUGGUUGCUUCAAAGCAAUACAACUCCACAGUUGUCCUCGAAACGAUCGCAAUUAACGGUACCGUUAUUAUGGGCGGCGGCUCCGGGGCAACAACUCCCGGCUAUGUCUCAAGUCCAUUUGAUGCACUCAAUCAGCGUGCUAUCAAGGAUAACACGGACCUUUUCUGGGACUUUGUUGCCCCGGCCCCAGAGGUUCCCUCCUCUGAUGCCUGUCUGGUUUUCAUCAAUACAUGGGCCUCGGAGGGCUAUGAUCGACCUAGCAUCUAUGAUGAUUACUCUGAUAACUUGGUGCUGUCAAUUGCCGGUCAAUGCAACAACACGAUUGUUGUAGUUCACAAUCCUGGUGUCCGUCUGGUCGAUAAUUUCUCGGAUCAUCCCAACGUAACGGCAAUCGUGUAUGCCCAUACACCAGGCCAAGACUCCGGCGUUGCAACAGUGGCAUUACUGUACGGAGAUGAGAAUUUCUCCGGUAAAAUGCCAUACACAGUUCCCAGGAAUACCAGCGACUAUGGCUCGCUUCUGGAUCCCGAUUUGGCAGAGGGCGACUAUAUCAACUACCCGCAAAGCGACUUCUCGGAGGGCAUUUUCAUUGACUACCGCGCAUUUGAAGCAAAAAACAUAACUCCGCGGUACGAAUUCGGGUACGGUCUGUCGUACACAUCUUAUGAAUAUGAUGCAUUGUCAGUCAACAAAGCCGUGGGAGCGGUGAGCUUUGCUGCCUAUCCUUCUGGGCCGAUCGAGCAAGGUGGUCAGGUUGAUCUGUGGGAUGUAUUGGCACAUGUCGAAUUUACUGUCAAGAACACCGGCAAGGUUGCCGGAAAGGAGGCUGCACAGCUAUACAUCGAUACCCUGUCGGGUGUCAGACAGUUGCGUGGAUUCGAAAAGGUCUCCCUUGAACCGGGUAAGACGGAGACUAUUACACUACCCCUGACGCGAAGAGAUCUGAGUGAGUGGGAUGUCGUAGCUCAGAGUUGGAGAUUGAUAGAUGGCAGCAUUGGGAUCUAUGUUGGGGCCAGCUUCAAGGACAUAAGAUUGCAAAGUACACUGGAUCUGUGA